AUGAAUUUUAAUAGCCGUGAGUCGGGUUGGUCUACUGCCAGUCUUUAUUUCAAUAGAGUUAUUCAGUUGGUUGAGGAAAAGUUAGAUGAGUCGGCUCCUAAAACAGAACUGCCACCCGGUUUAGAGAGUACGAUGCAGAGACUUGAAGAGGUUAAAGAUUCUUUAAAAACUCUAAAACUGCGAGUGGAAUACCUAAUAGAUCCUUCAAGUUUAACGAAUUCUAUAAGAACUUCCCUUGAGCAGCAGUUAGACGAUAGCGAAUAUUCAACUCCUUUUCACUUACUCUCAAGGGCAUUUCUUCAAGCUUCAAAGUUGGGGCUUCUUAACUUCCCUACAGUUGCUUCGGAACUUUCUAACAAUCCAGGAUUUGUUGCCCACAAAAUAGCCAGCAAUGCAUAUUCUAGUGUCGGUACUGAUUGGCUAGAAUUUAGCGAAAACAGUGAACAAUACAUUGCUGAGCUCAAAUUUUUUUUAGAAAAUCCCGUUAAGAAAGCACAAGCUGUAUAUCGAGAAUUGGGGAUGAAACGCUUAGAUUUAGACGCAGCAAAAUCUAAAGUCCGAAAGUCAAAUGGCAAUUAUGAGACGACUUCUAGGGCUGAAAAUUUACUAAAAUCAGCUCAAUACGAUUACGAUCGAAAAGUGGAGGAAGUUGAAGAAGUCUUGGCGGAAUUAGAAUCUGUUUCGACUCGGCAAGUGCAGUCCAUUCAGAAAUUUAUUGAAGGCCACCGAACUUUCUUUGCAAAAGCGGUUAAACAUUUGGACGCUGCUUUGGAAGUUUUCCCCUUAGUAUCACGAAAGUCUCCUUCGCUGAGUUUACUCUCUGAUAACAUAGAAGAACCUCUGGAAUGGAGAGAUGAGAAUAUUGAGAUCCCUCAAGGCUUCUAAUACGUCCUCAUUUUUAUGCAAAAUUAGUGUUAUUAGU